AGUACAGCAGAAGGAGAAUGGCGGUGAAACAGCAGACAGGUUCUGUUCUGGUUCUGGUCUCUCUGGUUCUGGUUCUGGUUCUCCUCCUGCAGACCUGCCGGAGCCGGGCUGAAGACCUGGACUGGGACCAGAACGGAUACGUGUUGUACUGCCCCUGCAUGGGUCGCUUUGGGAACCAGGCGGAUCAUUUCCUGGGGUCUCUGGCCUUCGCCAAGAUGUUGAACCGGACCCUGGCGGUCCCUCCCUGGAUAGUUUACCGCCACCACACACCCCCCUACACCAACGUCCACGUCUCCUACAGCGAGUUCUUCCAGCUGGAGGCUCUGUCUGCCUACCACCGAGUGGUCUCUCUGGAGGACUUCAUGGAGAAACUGGCCCCCAAACACUGGCCCUCAGGUCAGAGGAGAGCCUACUGCUUCGAGACGGCAGCACAGAGGAGUUCAGACAAGAAGUCCUGCCCCAUGAAGGACGGGAACCCGUUCGGUCCGUUCUGGGACUACGUCGGUGUGGAGUUUGAGAAGUCUGUGUUGUUUGGUGGUAUUUCCUUCAGUGCCCACCACCAGACUCAGUGGAUGAAGAAGUUCCCCCCCUCGGAGCACCCUGUGCUGGCCCUGCCGGGGGCCCCGGCCCACUUCCCGGUGAUAGAGGAGCAUGUUGGGCUGCAGCGCUACGUGGUCUGGUCAGACAAGAUGGUGGAGGAGGGAGAGAGACACAUCUCCACCCUGCUGACCAGGCCCUACGUCGGCAUCCACCUGAGGAUCGGCAUCGACUGGCAGAAUGCCUGUAAGAUGCUGCAGAGUGGAGAGGCGGGGCCUCACUUCAUGGCGUCUCCUCAGUGUGUGGGCUACAGCCGGCAGACCGCUCUGCCUCUCACCAUGAACAUGUGUCUCCCCGACCUGCCGGAGAUCCGCCGGGCCGUCAAGCUGUGGGUGAAGAAGACCUCCGCCACCUCCGUCUUCAUCGCCACCGACUCCGAGUCCCACAGCAGAGAGAUAGAGAAGCUGCUGAAGGGGAAGGUGAAGGUGGUGAGUCUGCAGCCGGACUCGGCCCAGAUGGACCUCUACAUCUUGGGACGCUCCGACCAUUUCAUCGGCAACUGUGUCUCCUCGUUUUCUGCCUUUGUGAAGAGAGAACGAGACGUCCAUCGUCUCCCAUCGUCCUUCUUUGGUUUGGACAAGCCGGGGAAGUUAAAUCAAAAAGAGGAACUCUAAACAUGGUCAUAAACAUGGUGGUCUGCUGGAUGUUGCUGCUGGGGGACAGACAAUGUGGACAGAAGACAAUAUUUACCUGUAACACUACGGCUUUUAAAAUGAAUUUUAAACUGUGAGAAAAGAGGAAGGGCUGAUAGAAAUAUGGUGCAGCAGGUCGGUAGUGUUAGAAAGCUGUGACAUGGACACAGAAAUACUACUGUUAGUAUUAGUCAGGGCUGUAACUCUGGACCCCUGGAGGCAUACUGGGGUAAAAGUGUUUUCUUGAUUGUUCCUCUACUAUUUUUUUGUGCUGAAUCCAUUUCAGAGCUGGAACACGGGAAAUGGAGUUUUUUUUCUUCUAAAAUGAGUAUUUUUUUCUCAUAAUUUGUGAUUUUUUUGUCUUGUAAAUUUGUGAUUUUUUUCUCACAUAAUUUGUGAUUUUUUUUCACAUUAUUUGAGAUUUUUUUCUCGU